AUGCUGUGCCGUCUGCCCUCCAGGCUGCCAGCCAGGAUGUGGGGAAGGACUUCGGAGAAGCAGUCAUGGAGGCACAGCAGUCAGACCCCUUCCCCAUGUCUUAUCCAUAGACUUGACCACAUUGUGAUGACAGUAAAGAGUAUCAAAGACACCACCAUGUUUUAUUCCAAAAUUCUGGGCAUGGAGAUCAUAACAUUCAAGGGAGACAGGAAAGCAUUGUGUUUUGGAGACCAGAAAUUUAACCUUCACGAAGUGGGAAAAGAAUUUGAACCCAAAGCUGCUCACCCAGUUCCUGGCUCUCUGGACAUAUGUCUGAUCACAGAGGUACCUUUGAAUGAAAUGGCCCAGCACCUCAAGGCUUGUGAUGUCCCUAUUGAGGAGGGUCCAGUUCCCAGAACUGGGGCAAAAGGGCCCAUUAUGUCCAUCUACUUCCGAGACCCUGACGGAAACCUGAUUGAGGUGUCCAACUAUAUUUCCCCAUGAUUGAAGCUCGCCUCCUCCAUUUUGUUCCCUGGAGUGUUGCCCGUUUUCUUCCCCAAGACCCUCACCAGACCCAGAGGCCUCCAAGAACUGAUGACUUAGGCACUUCAC